UAUUUGUAACAAGGUGGCAACGCCGUUCUCCAUAGACGUCAAACAGCUGUCAUAACCUGGGGCCCGUGAAUUUUUCGAUUCAGCCUGUGAACUCUUGCAUUUCAGCGACUAAAAAUAAAAUAUUUAUUUAGCAAAAUGAUGAACUUGUCCAGAGCCGUUGUCCGCAGCUUCAGCACUGCUACCACCCGUCGUGCCACCGCCACCAGCAAGGAUCAGAUCGAGAAGGGUUACUUUGAGAUCCGCAAGGUGCAGGAGCAUUUCCAGAAGAAAGAUGGCAAGCCCGUCUUCUUGAAGGGAUCCGCUGUCGACAAUGUGCUGUACCGCAUCACCAUGGCGCUGGCUCUCGUCGGCAUUGGUGGCAUGGGCAAGCUCUUCUGGGAACUCAGUGUGCCCAAGAAGGAGUAAGGCAACAGCAACGUUAUAGUCGUAUCCCUUUAUAAGCUAAGCAAAAACAAAAGCAGCCCCCGGCCCCAAUUUGCAGCGUAGUAUCCCUUAUAUUUCUAUGUUUUGAUAGUAGCUGAGAACCCGCAAAAAAACCUAGUGUGUCCUAGAAUGUUUCCUGUUGCUUGUUAGCAUAACUUAAGUUAAAGUUAAAAGUGUAACUGAACAUUCGCAAAAUGAGCAUUUCAAUCGUGGAAAUAUAAGAACUUGGCUGUAAAGUUAUAAGAUUACACAA